GAGCCAGACAACUAUAGGAAAAAGUGGGUUUGUUGGGAUUGCCUCUACCCUCAAAUAGAUACAGUUCAAGCACAAGGCCUGUGAACCGCAUCCAUAACCCUGGAGAGACCUUUAAGCGGGCGGGGUAGUCGAUGCUUUAUUGGAGUACAUAACACAGCUUGAGCUUCUCGGGACACGCGCUUCCACGAAACGAGUAACAUCCCGGCGCUUGCUCUUGAGAACUUCAACCAUAAACCCGGGCUUCUGCUUGCUAAACCAGAGCAACCGGUCUGCCCGCGGAAGCAUUCAUUACCUAUACCUACUACGACCUCCCUUUACUCUCGCUCGUCUCCAAAUUCCCCUCCUGUUCAACAGACAGCUCAUUGUCGUGCCUGACGACGACCUACUACGCUUCCUUCUUCUCCGAACAAACCGUCCGUCGCCGCACGAUGGAUGAGCCCCAACUCUUCCGACCGCAGCCACGCCGGCCAUUCAAGACCUCCAUAGAUACUCUCGGCAACCCGAGCUCGUCAUCUCAGCAGGACAGCUUCGCAGCACAAUUGGACGAAAGACUCCGGCGCAGCCGUGGCUCUAGCAUAAACGAUAGCGACAGCCGUGCGCCGUCCCGGAACAGGAGUUUUCUAAACCUCACAGGCUCGACGCUAUUCGGCAUAUACUCUGGAAAUGGUGGGGACGGAGAACAAUCUGAGUCUGCAACGCCCUGGGGGACAGGCGCAGAGACUCCUGCGACUCCAGUCAAAUGGGAGGGCUUUCGCAUUCCAACUCCGAGCCUUCCUAGCUUUCCUUCAAGAGGAAUAAGCCUGGAUGGGACAAGAAGAGGUAACUAUACCAGACCAAAGAGCUUCCCGGUGAUGGUCGCAGAGAUUCUCUCUAGAACAGCCGCGCUAUUCGUGAUCGGCCUGGCCUAUGGGAUCAUUGUUGCACAUGUGCACGAACACGGACAGCUACAGAUUGCGCCUGUCCGUGUAGAGGAGUUGGACCACGGCAGUCUGAAAAACCUUUUGGCUUGGGGAUUUGCAAGUGUUAUUGUCGGGAUGCUUUUCCCCUUGGUCGAUACCAUGUGGAACACAAGCCAAGGGUCGAAUUUAACAGCCUCAGAUAAACUAAAGCUCCUUAGACGUGAAGAGGAAGAUCGGCUACGGAAUGGAGGGAUGUUCGCUCAAGUUGUACGAGCUGUCGGUAUAUUCGUCGGCUUAGCGUUUGCUAUACGCAAACUUCCCUGGCGGUCCACGUUGCAGGUAUCAGUGACACUCUCUAUGGUUAACCCCGUCCUGUGGUACAUCAUCGAUCGGACAUCACCGGGCUUCGUCAUCUCCACCAUACUCGCCCUCUCGGGUACCUGCACCUUGCUAUUAACAAAUCCGGGCGUCGUCCCAGCUUCGUCUUCCGCUCAAGACCACGUCACGUUUGCCAACGGUACGUCUCAAGCCUUGGGUCAGAGCGAUUUGAUAGCGGGCGCCCUGAGCUAUGAAUUUGUUGGUGUUGCAACAUGGGUCAGCAGUGUCAUAUUCUGCAGCUGCAUCGGGUUUGGAAAUAUUGGCAGAGCUUUGGCAGGCAAGCGUUGAAGCAUUUUACAAAACUGGCUGCCGAUGUGGUAUCAACUUCACACACGCAUAAGUCGAUACGAUGGGAGCGUGCGGUCUGUAACAAUAUCACAGGCGAAAGUUGGGCGUUCUCGGCUGCAUAGGGGCGGCGUUUUAGGCCCGGAUGAAUGCAGCACUCAACGUGCGAGAUAUGCUCAUUUUUUGGGAGGAACCAUUCUGUCCACAAAUCAAAUGUACAUUAUUCUUAAUUCUCCGCAUUCAUGGAAUGAGGAAAACGGAAAAGCCCUUCUCUAGAAUGCUGAAAUGCGGGAAUGUGACAAUGCC